AUGGAUGUUGACAUCGAUAGAAACGGUGAAACAACGAAAGAACCAAAGAGUAAGAAGCAUGAUUCGGGAACUGCUGAUCUGGAAAAAGUCACUGACUAUGUGGAGGAAGCUGAUAUUUCUUCUCAAAGCAUCGGGGACGCUAUGAAAGCCGUCAGUGAUCAGCAGAAAUUGGAAGCGGCGGAAAGACAAGUCAAAGAAAAAGAACUGACAAAAGUGAAAAUAAACAAGGACGACGUGGAUUUGAUUGUGAAUGAAAUGGAAAUACCUAGAACUGUGGCUGAAAAGACAUUGAGGAAACAUAAAGGAAAUCUUGUGGAAGCUUUAGUGGCAUUGACUGAUUAA